AUGAAAGGUCCAUUUCCUGGACAGAUCUUGAGUGUUGUUGGUAUAGAUGGGAACAAUAGCAUAUAUCCAGAUUGUUAUGCCCUUGUUGAGGCAGAAACAACACAAAGUUGGAAAUGGUUUUUGCAACUGUUGAGAGAUGACCUAGGGUGUACGGCUGAGUCUUGUUUCACCUUCAUCGGCGAUAGACAAAAGGGUCUUAUUCCAGCAAUGCUAGCUGUUUUUCCUAAUGCUGAGCACAGAUUUUGUUUGAGGCACAUCCAUGAGAACAUGAAAUCCAAGUGGCGUGGAGAUCUUUACAAGAAUUUGCUUUGGUCAGCGGGAAGGAAGACAUCUAUUCCAUAUUUUAACAAAGCUAUGGAAGAAAUUAAGACAACAAAACGAGGUAUACAAAUCAUAGGAGCAAGGGACAAGCCGAUUAUCACAUGCCUAGAAUUCAUUAGGGAGUACAUGACCAAGAGGAUAGUGAAUGUCAAGAAAUUGCAAGCAAAGUGUAUGGGGCAACUGACACCUCAUGCCAUUGAGGUCUUCGAUGAGAUCAAGAAACAGGCUUCUGAAAUGUCUGUUUUAAUGGUUGAUACAGACAAGAAGUGGGAUUUGACAGGGAUGCCUUGCAAACAUGCAGUUGUAGCCAUAUGGGAUAUAUCAAGGAAUAGCAUUGAUGCUGGCAUACCAGAAGAGUGGGUUUCUGAUGUGUAUUGGCUGUCAACAUGGAAGAAAGUUUAUGAGAAUUUGAUAGAGCCAAUCAAUGGACCGGAGAUGUGGACUCCUUCACAGUGUCCAACAACACUCAUCCCACCAAAGCAUCAUACACAAGUUGGAAGGCCAAAGAAAAAACGAAAGAAGGCAUUUUGUGAAAAAGAGCUUGAGCAGGAGUUCGACAAAGGAGGAAAAAUGACCAGAAAGGGAACCAGCAUCAAGUGUGGUAAAUGUGGGAACAUGGGUCACAAUGUCAUGAGCUGCAAAGGACAAGGGGGUGAACAAUCCACUGCUUCACAAGAAUCACACACUGCCACUCAAGGUGCACCAGUUUACAAUCUUUAUGAGUGA